GAGAAGGGCUGUGUCGCUUACUAUGUGAAGGAGAUAUGUCAUUGUAUUCACCCAGUUUACGGGAAAAACACAACUUAUCCAUAUAAGAAGUGUCAAUUACUCGACAAAAACAAAGGGGCUUGUUUUAAGAACGUUCUAAACAUGAUAUACAACGACACCAUACAAUGUAAUUGUCACCCAGCUUGCAGAGAGCGUCAAUACGAGAUAACACGAUCAUCAAGUCACUUGAACUACGACUUCUGGAAAAUCAUUCAAGGGGCGAAGUCGAGAAAGCUGAAUGAUUUAAACAAGUUUUCCUGCUCCUUUGGUUUUGACGAUUUGUUUGCUGGUCUACAUAUUUACUUCCUCAGUAACAACUACCAGAAGAUAGAAGAGGCGCCACAAUACAAUUGGGAAACGUUGAUGGCAAACAUCGGGGGAAAUCUUGGUCUCUUCAUGGGAAUCUCUUUCAUCACUGUGGUAGAAUGUGCCGAAUUCUUUUGGGAAAUAAUACUCCACUUCUUGAAGACGAAGGAACAGAAGAAAACUAAGCCUGUUAACAUAAAGUCGACAUCUGGUUGGACUUAAUGCCUCAUAAAACCCUAAGGUUUCACGCACAGAUUUAGAACAGCACCUUUCAAGGCACAAAACAUUAUACGAAUAAAACAAUUCUAAAUUAUCUAAAGAGAGUUUAGCAUUUAUUAUUAAGACAUCUUUAUAAGUUUUGUUUUCGUUUCACUAAGUGGCUUUGAAGACAAACUUACCAUUGUUCUAAAAGCUAAGA